GAUUGGAGCAUAUUGAGGAUCAGGAGGCAAAUCAUCCAGAAGAUACUUGGCCAGCCUGCACAUUCAUAAGAAGUAUCUGUGUGGCUGCAGCAGUCAUCUUGGUACAGGAUACAAAAUAAAACAAAGGCACAAGAAUGGUUCUCUGCCUUAUGAGGGUGGGCGUGAGAGGCCUCAAGAAGCAGUGUUGCUAUGGCAGCACAGCAGCAGGCCUGGGGGGCCCAUGGGUGGUGGCACCUAAAACCACUAAAGGGAUCCACAUCACAAGGAGGCUGAGUCAGCAGCAGGGAAGUACACUUAAUGUCUUUGACCGUCACACCAAACUACUUCAGAGGGAGAGAGCUGCAAAAGAUCCUGAGGCUGAACUCUAUGAUUAUCUUAAAGAAGAGGUUGGCUACCGGUUAUCAGACAGAAUUCUUGACAUUAAACGAGAGCUGAAAAUUGGGCUGGACCUGGGUUGUGGUCGAGGAUAUGUUGCUAAGAACAUCACAGAUGUGGAGUUGGAUCAUCUUUAUAUGAGUGAUUUCUCCCCAUCCAUGCUGGAGGCUGCACAAACUCCAGAGAACAUUAAGUCAACAAAAGUAAUUAUUGACGAGGAGCAGCCAUUUCCCCUAGAAUCUGGAUCUCUUGACCUUGUAAUUUCCAAUCUCAAUCUUCAUUGGGUCAACAACCUACCCGGGUGCCUGCGUGAAAUAAACAGAGUAUUGAAGGAGGACGGUGUUUUCCUGGCUUCAAUGUUUGGAGGAGACACCCUUUAUGAGCUGCGAUCCUCCCUGGUGUUGGCAGAGCUGGAGAGGGAAGGAGGAUUUGCAGCACAUGUCUCGCCCUUCACUGAAAUUCGGGACAUCGGUGGUCUCCUGAGCCAGUGUGGAUUCACCAUGCUGACAAUCGAUGUUGAUGAAAUAACAGUGGGCUUCCCCUCCAUGUUUGAGUUGAUGUGGGACCUCCAGGGAAUGGCCGAAAACAAUGCAGGAGUAUCCAGAAAGCCACACCUUCAUCGUGACACAUUGUUGGCUGCCAGUGCCAUAUACCAAGAGAUGUACAGCAAGGGUAAGGGAGUUCCAGCAACUUUCCAAAUAAUUUACAUGAUUGGUUGGAAACCUGACCCUAAGCAGAAAGUGGUCCCAGCAGAACGAGGCAGUGGUCAAAUUUCACUCAAAGACCUCCACAAACUUGAUGAAAUGGUGCGUGAGACUGGGAUGGAGGGCAGAAUAAAGUUUAUGAAGGAUAUGAUGGAUGAUGAUAAAAAAGACUAAGGCAGCUGAGGCAGGUUAGCUGCUAUAAAAUCUGUCAUACAUUGUUAGCUAAGUGACUGCUCUUGACUUUUCUGAAUUAUCUAAAGAGCCUAUUAGAUCCUAUUUUCCAACAAAACUUUCAAGUCAUAAUUUUAAAAAAAUGUAUAUAACAUAGCCUUGGGGCAUUCAUCCUUAAUUAUAUUUAAUGUUUGUCUUGCGUUGGUAGUAGAAAGAACAUUGAGAAAAAUCUAAGUACUGCUGAAAAUAAUGCAUUACAUUGUCCAUAGAAAUAUUGUAAUGAGGUGGUUAUAUGGAUGACAUUGAUUUGGAUUUGAUGAGUGAUAACCCAAUUAACUAAAAUACUUAAGCAAAUGAAUUAACAUGAGAGCAAGUGUGACAGUGGUAUGGAUAACCCCCUACCUACUCAAGGUAAGCAACAGUGUUACAGUCUGUUUCAUUUCAUCUGUCAGCCAACAAAGUGGGAAUUUUGAUAGAUGUGGCAUCUGCGCAUUUCUAGUUCGUGAAUACGUGAAAAUCAACUGUUGUGUUAGACGUUCAAGCUUUCUUUUCAAUAAUAUAUUUCAAUGUUUGUGUAUACAAACAACAGCUUGGUCAUUUCCACCGACAAUCUAACAUACAAGCACACAAAAAGACGAGCUUGUAUCAAACAACAGUCACAUCAUGUUCAAAUGAUCUAUGGUUUUUCAAAUUCGUUGAUUGAGAGCUCAUUUCAUAUAUAUUAAGAGACUUCUGGCUCUCCAAAUACAAAUAAAAGGUAUUCUAAUAAUUUACUGCAUGUAAAUAACAAUUAAUAUUCGAAAUAAUAUGAAAUAGUAAGUAAUAACUGUUGAAUGUGAUGCUAUUAUUAUUUUAUUAUUAUUAUUAUGAUAAGCUACCAAAGUCUCCCUUCAGGGUGCAGAUACAAGAAGUUGAACCACACACAAUUCCAAAAGGUACAGGAGAGAAGCAAAGGCAACGAAUAAUUAAGAAAAUGGCCAGUCAAAGGGAAAAAUAAAAUUACUAUUUCAAAAAGACAUUCACACAACACUUAAAUGUAGAAAUGUCUGCAGAAAAGACUAUCUCAUUGGGUAACUGAUUCCAUGAAUUUAUCAACAAUGGAAGAAAACAUCGUGAGAAUUGUGUCGUACAAAAAUUCGUUGGAUUAAAAGCAAGAUUGUUUUGACUAAGCAAACCUCGUGACCCGAGCAGGAGUAAAAGGAUCAGGCAAAUCAUUGUGUAAGGGAUGCUGAUUAUUCUUAAAAACUUCAAAUAAAAUGCUAGGCUAUUUAGAAUAUUAUCCAUGUUAUUUACAUGCAACACAAAAAUUCCUUAUGUAUAGGCAUUUGCAGAGCAAGAUGUCAUUUUAUGUACCUGAAUGAGAUGAAAUAUGGGUAUCUGAAAGGCUGUAAGUCAUUCGAGUAUCCAUCUAUAUAUAGCCUACUGUUUGAUAUUCAAGGUAGAUUAUCGAUGCAAAUUGGCACAUUUGCUGUUCACAUAAGAGGGCUUGAGGUUUUUUUGUAUACACAAACAUUCAAGUAUAUCACUGAAAAUAUAAAGUUGAUCCUCACGCAAUCAUGAACUAUCAAUGUGCAGUUGCCACAUCUACAUUCGCGAGUGGACAGAUGGAAUAAAACGGACUUUAGUAAUCCAAUUGUAAUGCAGCUACUUAUUAGUUUGAUAUAUUGUUGAUAAUGAUGUCUGUAUCUAUUACCUGGCCAGCAGUGGGUGUUAUAUUCCAGUACUUCAAUUACUAAAUAAAUAUUAGUCAUGCAAAUUAUGAUGCUCUUUCUAAGUCAGCAUAAUUAUGGAGUCAAAUGUAUUAAGGGCAAGAGCCACUAGCAUGAAGCAUUCAAUAAGGAUAUUGAUAUUUCUUGAUGUAUGACUUUCAGUAAUCUUAUAUUUUUGUAUAUAUUAGUUUUGUAAUAAAGACCACUGAUA